UCCCUCCUCCACCUCCACCCCUACACACAAUCAUAUACCAUGUUCAAAAUGCACUCUCAAGGUGGUUAUACUUAGCCCUGAUUAUAUUAUAUCCCUACGCACGCCGUUCUUUGGGGGUCAAACUUGAGUACUGUACUCGUCAAACUUCCCUUACUAUUGCUCUUAUUACUCUUAUUCCUCCCCCCCCCCCGUUUGCCUCAUUGUCUGCCUCAUAUACCACCUAAAACUACCUAUUCCAGUACUAUACGACUAUACGGCCCUUUUACUCCAUCUCCACACUCCUACAAAUCCCCUAUUCUACCCCCGUCUCAAACUAUCUCAGUGCCACUGUGGAAACCCUGAGACAUUUGGGGCGAGGUUCCGAUUUCUGAUACCUAUUGUCACCCUAUCGCCGAAGUACCGAACCCCUACGACAUCAGGCUAACUCGUCGCCCCAUAGACGGGACUAUUCACUUCAUUUCGCAUCGCCUUACUUAUUCCUUGCCUCUUUUUUUACGUUUAUGCCUUCUGGAUAUAUAUACAAUUCAUGGUUCGUGCUCUCUCGGUCAGUCCGUGAAUUGUCGCCACUCUGGAAUAGGAGACGCGCCAGCCUCCUCCGCCGCCUCCACAUGCUGCACAGUUCAGCUCGUGGCAAAGAAAAGACGUACGAUCAUCAUGGACAUCCCUCGCUAUGCGUCGGCGCAUCGCUCGGCAUUUGCGCUGCCCGAAAUAUACAUACAGACCUCGAAUCCGUCCGAGAGGAAGGCCAUGACAAUUCGAUCAAGCCCUAACACCCUGGGAUCCUCUCCACCCUCCUCUGCCAGCCCUAUGUCGAUACCGAAUGCGCGGGACGACGACUCGCCGCCGCCACCAUUACCGCCACCGCGGUACGUCAAUCAUGAGCGAGAAGGAGGGAGUGGGGCGAGGACAGUUGACCCGGGUUGGGAAUGGAGCAAUUCAAGAGAAGAGCAUGGUUGGGGGAAACCAUCUUCUGUAAAAUCGGGUUCGAGUUUAUACGGAAGCUUUGCGGGCUAUGGGAACGGCAUCAUGGACGCUGUUGAAUAUCGCCGUGGGAGCUCUGCCUCUACCAUAAAAUCCAUAUCUGGAGUCGACUCAUACAAUAGCUCGUGCCCGAAGGUGGACGAGGGCUAUGCAAGCCUUUCUACGUGCGGAAGCAUAGGCUCUACCAAUUCGAGGCAUGAAGAUUCGAUACCUGGGAGACCUGGCUUCCAAAGUUCAGUACACGAGAAAUACCGGAGCAAUACACAGACAUAUGACAAAUCCGUACUACAGAAGCUCAACUCGAGAAGGGGAGGCGAUAUUUCAACAUCCCCCCGAAGUUACGGAAGGGCACCUUUCAGCAAAUCUUUCAACGAUAGCGUGCCAUCGUCGCCGUUGGGCCAGAAGCAUGGGCUGUCCCACCAGAAGCCUUUAUCUCUGCCAGCAAUGAACUCGAAACUCAGUCCCUUGGAAAGUCCAAUUUCUAGGUGGGCGAGUGGAGGUUCAGCACCCAAUGCACCACUUGGUAUGCGUAAUGGGGGUCAAUAUGGAUAUAGGUCACCAAGCGAGCGGGACGAUAUGGAGCAAUCUCCACGGCCAUAUAGCAGACAAACGACCCACGAUUUUGACGACGCUUCCAGUACGGUUAGCUAUUCAUAUCAAGGCAGCCACUACACGGAUAAUGAGUCCGACUUCCCCAUGGAGGAGACCGGUUUCCAACGCCUUCAUAUCGACGACGGGAUGAGGCGAUCGGAUGGGCAACCACUGAGCGCUGCUGCUGGACAGAAGCGGAGGGCGUCCUCGCCUCCCCUUGACGACGGACCACCAUUACUUCAUACGGCUACAAGCUUGAGUGAUUUGUAUAGGAGGAGGGAGCAAGCCUCCCGUGCCUCGCCAGCUCCGCGGAAUCAUUCCAACCACGGAUCUAUUUCUUCGUCUACCUCUGGGCCUCGAAGCGCAUCUUUAAAUUCUGUUCCCUCGCUAGCUGCUAGCAGCAUGAGCACUGUUGAUUCUUACGGCCGACUGUCUCCAGGGGGUCGUUCUCCUGGCGCUAUUUCUCCUCGUGGAUAUUCUACUGAUACCUAUUACCCUGGCGCUGUUUCUCCCCGCACGAUGGACGGCCAUGAUUCGCCCUUCUCUAUGUCGCUGGCUGCUACUAGCGCGACUCUCGAGCACCCAAGACUCCCCCACAGGGCUAUCCCUGAUUCGAGGCCUAUUGUCUCUGCGCAUAAGACUCUGGAUACCAUCAACCAGCCAAAAAAUGGCAUCCUGAAGGUCCAAAGCGGAUAUGUGUGCGACUGCUGUCCCAAGAAGCCCAAAAAGUUCGACACGGAGGAAGCACUAGCCGCCCACGAGUCCGAGAAGCAGUACGAAUGCGCAUACUGCAAGAACCGCUUCAAGAACAAAAAUGAAGCCGAGCGCCACCAAAACUCCCUUCACCUCCGCCGCCACUCCUGGUCCUGCGCCGCGCUCACGGGCUACGUAGACGCUUUCCAUACCUCUCCCACCGCGCCCAACGACGCCGACACCUGCGGCUACUGCGGCGACGAGUUCGCGCGCAGCGGGACGGGGAUCCUGGGGAAUGGACAGGAGGGCAAGGUGCCGACGGAGCGGGAUUGGGAGGCCAGGAUCCAGCAUCUGGUUGAUUUGCAUAAAUUCCGCGAAUGCAAUCAUACGAAGAAGUUCUUUCGCGCGGAUCACUUUAGGCAGCAUCUUAAGCAUAGCCAUGCGGGGACGAGCGGAAAGUGGACGAAUAUGCUGGAGAAUGCGUGUAUGAAGGAUGAGCCGCUGCCGGUGGCGAGGAUCAAUGAGGAGGAUGAAUAACAGAAACAAUGGUAGAUGAGACAGACGGACACGGACCAGACCAAAAAGAUCGGACCGAAAUUUAUAGGGGAAGACAAUUUUUCACAGGGUGAGAAUGCUAGGGGCAAUGGUUUUGCGGCAUACAGAACAGGGAGAUUCAUUCAUAUUUGGAGUUAUUUUAUGAUGUCUUUUGGUUAGCAUCUCAUCUACGAAGCACAGCAGCUUCUUAACGAACGAACGAACGAACGAAUAUUGCAUAUACUGGAGCAUGUUAUAUGGGAAACCUUGCUUGUUUUGAGCAGGGAAGGGGGGGGGGCUAUUUGGAUUAAAAGAGCGCGCGGUUUUGCGCUGGGAGUCAGUCGAAGGGUGAUUAAUCCAGGGGAGGGUUAUGAGAAGGUUAUACACUUUGGAGGGUGAUAUAGGCAGUGACGCACGUGGUGCUGGGAAAGAAGCACUGGGCAUGAGGGAUGAGAAGGGCAUGGCUGCCAAGGGGGUUGGUCAGCGAAGGAUGAAUAUAUGGAUGGAUAGAUAAUGAGAGGGGGGAUCGAGAAACCUCCUCCCUCAAUCAUGCCAUUUUACACUGCCCAUUUACAGCACCAUGUUUCAAGAGGCUGCCUCCCAUGUGACCAUUGAACAAAAUGAGACCCCCAUAUGACCGGAA